GGGAACGUGCUCUUCGGUGCUGCGGAGCGCCCUGCCGGUGCCGCGUCUCCCUGCCGGUGCCGCGUCUCCCUGCCGGUGCCGCGUCUCCCUGCCGGUGCCGUGCCGCCCUGCCGGUGCCGCCCUGCCUGCCCCGUGCCGCGUCACCGACACGACCCUCCCCGUCGAGCCACUCCGCGCCGGCCGAGCGCGGCCGCGGCGCCGCAGGUGGAAUUUCUGAACAGGGAAAGAGAACUGCGAAGAACUGGUCAAGACCUGCUCACUUACUAUUCUCAGGGGUAGCUGAAGUUUCCUUCUGUCAUCCCACCCUCUGAGGCAAGAAAAGGGAAAACAGCUCUUCCCUGAUGGUAUUUCUAACUUCAUCUGCAGGAGGUUGAAGAAAUUGAUCUCUCACAUAAAAAUCUUGAAGGGCUUCAAGGGACUGCUUUCCCAGUGAGAAGAUGAAGCAUGACUAGCAUUCAGGAAGUGAGUGGAUUUUUGCUUCCAUCUCCAUGACAAACUCACCAAAUUCAAAAGAAACAGAAAAUGUUUUUUCUGAAGUUGUUGAAGCUGAUAUGAGUAGAGUGGAGGGCAAUUUUUUUAGCCCUGCAAAGCUACCUGCUAUUUGAAAUGCUGCAGAGGAAAUUACGGGUUUGCCACAGCUCACGUUUCAGGCUUUUCUUGGGUCUAACUCUUAUUUUAGUAACAAUUUCUGUUUUGAAAGUCAACCAGAAACAAGACUUCUUAAAUCGGAGACAUCUAGAGCUGACCAAAGAAGAUCCUAUUGGCAGUGUUAACUGCACCAAGAUUAUAGAGGGAGACAUAGAAGAAAUUGAAAAGGUAAAGCUUGAGACGUUGUCAGUGUCAUUUAAGAAACGCCGCAGACUAACAACAAAUGACUAUAUUAACAUGACAGCAGACUGUGCCUCCUUCACGAAGACUAGGAAAUAUAUUAUGGAAUCUCUCAGCAAUGAAGAAGCAGAAUUUCCAAUUGCUUACUCAAUAGUGGUUUAUCACAAAAUUGAGAUGCUUGAUAGACUUCUAAGAUCAAUCUAUGCCCCUCAGAAUUUUUACUGCAUUCAUGUUGACAAAAAGUCUCCAGAAUCUUUUUUUGCUGCUGUGAAGGGAAUAGUCUCAUGUUUUGAUAAUGUCUUUAUUUCCAGCCAGUUAGAGAGUGUUGUGUAUGCUUCAUGGAGCAGGGUGCAGGCAGACAUUAAUUGCAUGAAAGAUCUCUACAGAAGAAGCUCCAGCUGGAAAUACCUAAUAAACCUCUGUGGCAUGGACUUUCCUAUAAAGACGAACCAGGAAAUAGUAGAAAAAUUAAAAGCCCUUAAAGGUGAAAACAGCCUGGAAACAGAAAAAAUGCCUGCUUAUAAAGAAGUGAGAUGGAAAAAACACCAUGAGAUUAUUGAUGGUAAAAUAAAGAACACAGGUGUAGACAAACAACUACCACCUCUCAAUACUCCAAUUUUUUCUGGUAGUGCCUAUUUUGUAGUUAGCAGAAGAUUUGUAGAAUAUGUAUUAGAAAACAGCAAAAUACUCAAGUUCAUUGAAUGGGCAAAAGAUACUUACAGCCCAGAUGAGUACCUAUGGGCAACAAUUCAGAGAAUCCCUGAAGUUCCGGGUGCAGUUUCUUCUAGUGACAAGUACGACGUUUCUGACAUGAAUGCACUAGCCAGAUUUGUCAAGUGGCAGUACUUUGAAGGUGAUGUGUCCAAAGGUGCACCCUACCCACCAUGCAGUGGAGUUCAUGUUCGGUCUGUCUGUGUUUUUGGGGUAGGAGACCUGAACUGGAUGCUACGAAACCACCACUUCUUUGCUAAUAAGUUUGACACUGAUGUUGACCCUUUUGCAGUGAAAUGUUUGGAGGAGUAUUUGCGACACAAAACUUUGUAUCUGCAAAAGAACUGAAGUACUGCGUGUUCCUGUCAGAGAACAUAGGUACAAGUAGUAUAGAGCUAUGUACUUUAAUGUGUAACACUAGUGGUGGUUGUGCUGAUGGUGGGUAUAAUUGUUCUCGCCAUGUUGAUAUUAUGGUGAUGACACUUCCCCUGUCUUGUCCACGGACAAAGGGAAGAGAAAACAUAUCUUAAGUGAUAAUGGGGAUGCAUUGUAUUGCACACUGAGGCUUGAAACUUUGGGUACAAAAUUGAAGACAAAGUUUUGGAGAGCAAACUAUUUGGAAUAUUUAUUAUCUAAAAGGUGUAAUCAGUGGGCUUCCUUUGGUUAGACUCUUUUCUUUGGUUAGACUGUUUCUUUUAAGGCUUGGAAAAUGCAUGUUGCUCAUGGUUAUUCCUCAUUUUUUUCCCCACAAAUGUAAAGCUAGCUGUGAUGUCAGUUACUAAUUGAAAUAAGUAAAGUUUGGGGGGGCGGGUGGGGAAAUCACAUUUGGGAAAAAAAUCCCAGAGAACAUAAGGGACAUGCAGAAUAAAAACAGAUAACAUUGAAACGGGGAGUUGUACAAAACCAGAUCCCAAUUAGAGAAAAACACGCCCCAAGCAGUCACCAGCCUGGCCUUGAGACAGGCCUACAGGACAGAUUAAAGGGAUGGAAAGGAGCACUCCCCACAGCUUAUGUUGGUUACAGCCUUGAACACUGGGGUAAAAAAAAAAGAGUAACUGAAAUCACUGUAUUUCGUGGUAACGCCAUGUGACCCUUCAUGCCCUCUCCCCCUCACACACACUCUGGGAUGGGGAGGACAAAGGCCAACUAGAAGCUUGUGGGUUGAGACAAAGGACAAGGAGGGUUCUUCACCAAUUAAGGUCCUGGGCAAAACAGACUCAGUGUAGGGAAAAAUAAUAAUUUAAUUUCACACUCAUCAAACACACACAGGACACAGACAACACACAGAGCAGGGCUUGCAUAUGUUACCCCGCCCCUCCCUUCUUCCUGGGCCCAAAUCAUUUUGUUCCUGGUUUCUCUCCAUUCUUCCCCCCAGCGGCACAGGGGACAGGGGUUGGGGUCUAGGGUCAGUUCAAAGGCUGGUGGUUCUGUAUAGUCUUCCCCUGCUUCCCCGGGGGGUCUAUCCCAUGGGAGAGAGUACUCCACGAACCUCUCCUUCAUGAGUCCUUCCCACAAGGUCCAGAGCAAGCUGCUCCAGUGUGGGCUUCCCACAGAGUCACAGGCUGUUUCAGAACAGCCAACUCCCCUGGCACCAGGGUCUUCCAAAGAUGCAUAAUGUAGGUCCACUGGCAGAAAAAUCCAAGUUCACCACUCCUGGAAUCUUCAGGGAAUGUUCCACAACGUUCCUCCAUGAAUGCAGGACAGCCUGCCAUCUUGCCAUGGGUUGCAGGGAAACUUCUGCUUGGGCACCUUCUUCUGCCUCCAGCUCAGCUCCUUUCCAGCUGCUCGCUCUGCUCAGGUCUCUUUUCAGUUCUUUGGAAUGUUAAUCACGGAGGUGCAUCUAUUGUCCCUCUAAUGGCUCCUUGGCUGGUUUUAUAGCAGGGAGAGCUUCUCAGCUUCUUAUCUGAUCCACCCUGGAGCCCUUCCUCUGCUACCAAAAAACCUAACAAACCAAACCAGAAUACCAUAUUAAUAUAUUAAUGAGCUAUUAACAUACUAAAAUUCACACCCCCAGGCUAGAGGGACCCUACUAACGACAAGCCCCCCUGCUCUUUGAGCAGGUGCAGUGAGAUUCCUGAGCAUUGUCACUUGAAGUGGAAGCAAGGAAUGACUUGACCAAUUGUGUCUGCCAGUGAUAGAAUAGUUUUAGAGAUAAAGUUAUUUCUCACAUUUUUUUGGUAUAAAAGUAGCAUUUGUGUUUCAGCAAACAGAGCUUGCCUUGUGGAAUACCCCCCUGCUCCCUGUUCUGCGCAGAUCUGGAUAUUAGAAGAAAAUCUCUUGACUCUGUGUGUGAAUUGGCUUCUUGCACACUGGGUGACAGAGCCCACUUUUGGAACAACACCUGGCAGGGAAAGAUGAAGAAGGGGGGAAACAAAAAAGGGGGAAAAAAAGCAGCAGGUCUGCACAGACUUCAUACUGGGUACUGAAAUAUCUCAGGAAAAAAUAUUAGAAUUUAUUUGAAAACUAUUCAGAAGGGAAUAUACCAAAGCCACCUGUCAUAACUUAAAUCUGGUUGCUGUAGUUCUGUAAAAUGUAAUUCUUAAUCCUCCUGAGAAUUUAAUCUUAAGCAUGGAGUAUUAAGCACUUGUGUUUAAAUUUUCGUAGCCAAAUCUUUCUUUUGUACUCUUAAACUCCCCUGAUAAUGUGACAUAAAAUUUAUAUGCUGGUUUCAAUUAUAUAUUCUCAGGGAAACUUCGGUUUUGUGCCUCAUGAGAGUUAGACUUGUAAUUUUACACUUCUUACUGUAUCGGGGGUCUUGCUUUUGUAUGUAAAGUGACUCAAGUUUAUAAAAAACUUAAAAGAA